AUGGCGGAGACUGCGACAACCACCCCGGCACCUGAAAAGGUGGUGUUUACAUUUGAAGAACAGGUAAGACAUUUUGUUUUUAUUCUGUUAGCUUGAGUAAAAAAAAUUAAUAAAAUGUUUAGGUGUUGUCAUCAUGUUCUCUCUACACCAUGGCUUUAGUUUGUGUUGUCUGGGGUUCUAUCCGAUCAGUCAGACUGAUAAAAACUCAUGUUGCCAAGAAGCGAAACAUUGAGACGUCUAUUGGAUGGAAAGAAGCUACUAGAUUCCCGAUCACGGCUAGUCUCGUCCUCUUCGGCCUUUAUGUGCUCUUCAAGUUCGUUAUUUUUAGUUAUUAAUUACUUUCAUUUUUAGGGGUCCUUACACCGUCUCGGAUGGGUUGAUUAAAAAAGCUGAGCCUUAUGUUCCACACGAAUAUCUUGUUCAUCUGGAGACUGUGAGGGACUAUUUUGGAAAAAACAAUACUUCUGAAGUUGCUUCCGACCGAUUUAAGGUUAUCAAGGUAUACGCCGAUAAAAUCAAGAAGAGUGAUCCCCGAGUUGAAGCCUUUAUAAAUAAUGCCACCGAAUAUGUUCAACCUUACAUCCCGGAGAUAACCAAGACCCGGUUGGGAUACCUUCUUCUUCUGGUCCUAUGUUUUGAGGGAUGUUCUGCUCUUGCCGUUCUAUUCAAACCAGUGAUAUCUUUCAUCUUGGAAUUGUUACCCAUUGGUGACAGAUGCCCAAAAAGGAAUACGACUUAUUUAUGGUCGAUAAAGAGGAGCAAAAAGGAAAUGGAAGAGGGUGAUAUUCUGUAUGCCAACAACGACGAAACUGUGAGUAAUCCACUUAAAUAUAUUUUUUCAGUUUAGGAUACUCUUCUGCAUAUCGAAUACGACUGCCAUUAUGUGAUUACGCUGUUUUUCACUGCUGCCGUUGGCAUCUCCCAUCUUUAUCAGAGGCAUUGGAUCACUAACAACCUUUUGGGUAUUGCUUUUUCUGUCUAUGGUAUCGAGAAUUUACAUCUAGCUAGUUUCAAGGUAAAGUUACUGUAAUUGAGUUUAUUCCGUUUAGGCUGGUCUGUUCCUCCUAGUCGGUCUCUUUUUUUAUGACAUCUUCUGGGUGUUUGGAACUGAUGUCAUGACCACUGUGGCGAAGUCCAUCGAUGCACCGAUUCUCCUACAAUUCCCUCAGGACAUCCUCAGGGUUGGAUGGUAUGAUGCCAGCAAGUACAGUAUGCUCGGAUUGGGAGAUAUUGUUGUCCCUGGCAUUUUCGUCGCUCUUUUGUACCGUUUCGAUCACUACGUUGGCCAAAAGAAAACCGAGAAAUCAAAGUCUCGAUAUUACUUUAUUGCUGUUGUAAUUGGAUAUAUGAUUGGGUUGGUUGUCACCAUGGCUGUAAUGCAUCGUUUCAAGGUAAGAUUGUUGUUCAUUGUAUUUUAUAUUUAGGCUGCCCAACCCGCCCUUCUUUACCUAGUCCCUGCUUGCAUUAUCAUCCCGUUGUUCCUGGCACUCAUCCGCGGAGAAUUUGGCGAACUUUGGAAUUACACCGAAGAACACAUUGUUAAUCCAGAAGAGAACAAACAGAAGGAGGCCAACAAGAAGACACAAAAGAAGAAAGAGAAGAAAUCCGAUUAA